AUGCCCUUCUUAACAUACAAACGUGCUAUUCAGCUGCGUCAAAACCUGCAAGACACGCAGGCGACUGUCAUCACCCCUGAUCAGGAGGGCUAUCCAGAGCUUAUCAAUAGAUGGAGCGAGGCCAGCGAGAAAGAAGCUGGUGCGGUGGUGAUUGUCACUUCGUCUCACGAAAUCUCACUGGUGAUCACCUUCGCGACUUAUCAUUACAUUCCCUUCGUGGUCCAAGGUGGAGGUUUCAGCACGAGCGGCGCAUCCUCAACCCAUGGGGGAAUCGUUAUCAACUUGUCCAUGAUGCGCCGUGUUGUAGUCGAUCCGGCCUCACAAACCGUGGCCGUUCAGGGCGGCGCAACCUGGGACGAGGUUGACCAGGCGUCAGCAAAGGAAGGGUUAGCAGUUGUUGGCUGCACGACGAGCGCUGCUGGCGUCGGGGGUACAACUCUGGGGGGCGGUUUUGGCUGGCUCACGGGACGUCACGGCCUGGUUAUCGAUAACCUGAUCAGCGUCAAGAUAGUCCUUGCAGAUGGCCGCAUCAUGACCGCCUCCGCUGACGAAAACCAAGACCUUUUCUGGGCUAUACGAGGCGCUGGGCAGAGCUUUGGCGUGGUCACUGAGUUUGUCCUACGGGCGCAUCCUCAGCGGCCCUCUGUCUUUGGUGGUUUUAUUUACUUGCCAAUAGAGCAGCUCAGUGCUGUAGUCGAGUUUGCAAACCAGUUUGAUACGCAAACAACAGGCGACGAGGCGCUAUUCUUCGGCUUCACCACCCGCCCCCACGCCCCGCUGCCGAUCGUGAUUGUCGCUCUGCUAUUCUAUAAUGGGCCAAGUACCGCGGCCGAAGCCUUCUUCGGACCGCUAUUAGCCCUCGAGUCUAUCCAGAACGAGACACAUGAGAUGCCGUACUUAAAGAUGAACACUAUCUUGGGCCGGUUCGUCGCCCCGGGGACCCGUAAGAGUGUCAGCGGCACGACGUUUGCCCUACCUUUGGACCUCCAGCUCAUGCAGGAGGUCCACGACGACUUUGACAAAUUCAUCCGAACCUAUCCGCGGGUCGAAGGUAGUGCAGUAAUUUUUGAACUAAUACCAUACACGCGUGUAAACCAAAUACCAGUCGAGGCAACCGCCUACGCUAACCGGGGCCGGUAUCAUAACGUUGUGUCUAUCUUCCGAUGGUAUGACCAGGAAUUAGAUAUGAAGAUGAUGAAUCUGGAGCGUGCAAUGAUUCGCAAGAUUCGUGACCGUGCUGGGGUGGUGAGCAUCGCGGGACAGGGGGUGGGAGUCUAUGCUAACUACGCGGGUACUAACUCCUCGGACUCUGUGAGCCAAGCUCUUAUUAACACAAUUUUAGGACACGAGACCAAUGCGGAGGAGCUCUUUGGCAAGAAUCUUCCACGCUUGCAGGAACUCAAGACAGUUUAUGAUCCGAAGAAUAUGUUUCGAAAAUGGCACAAUCUACUUAUUCCUUCGACUGCACACUGA